AGUGCGGUUGCAGGACAAGGAGGAACAGAGGGAGGCAGCCGUGUCGUCACAGCUCCAGACUGGCAAAAAAGGGAAGGGAUGUUUUUAAUGGUGGUGGGAAGAAGAUCUUAUUUCAGGCAUCGCUCCACUUUUCAUGCAUGGCUUCACCUUCACCAGGAAAAUGUCUUGGGCAGGAAACUGACUGCAGGGCCUCUGAGGCUCUCUUUGCUUCUUCCUCCCUCCCAGGAACCUGCAGCUUCUGAGCUCUUCAAUCCAGGCGAGGAUGGAAGGAGGAAGAUGGAUGGUUGACCUGGACAGACUGUCUCCUGCCUCCCUCCAAACAACCUCUGAGCGUUGUCCUCCAGGACCCUCAGAGACAUCUCCAGGUGAUGACCAGGAAAAUCAUCGUUCUCAGGGCUCAUCAGAAAGAAAUAAGCAUGAAGCAAAGAGAACAAAUGAUAGCCCUUCGUGUGGCAAAACAUUCCAAGGUAAAUUGAGCCUCAGCCCACACUGCAGAAACCACUCCGAGGAGAGACUGUGUAAAUGCUUGGUGUGUGGAAAGAGCUUCAGUGACAGCUCAGGCCUAAAAUCACAUGAAAGAAUUCAUGCAGGACAGGAAUCAUAUGGAUGCCGAGAAUGUGGAAAGAGUUUCAAUCGCCACUCAUACCUUAAAAGACAUCACAAAGUCCACAGUGAGGAGAAACCAUAUGCCUGUCUAGAGUGUGGAAAGGCCUUCACUUACAGCUCAGGCCUUGUAGAUCAUAAAAAAAAUUCACACGGGAGAAACCGUACACCUGUUUUGACUGUGCAAAGAGCUUCCGUAAUAGCCAAGGUCUUCUAACUCAUCAAAAAAUCCACACAGGGGAGAAGCCGUAUAAAUGUUUGGAGUGCGGAAUGAGCUUCGCUCACGGCUCAAGUCUUAUAUCGCACCAAAGAAUUCACACAGGAGAGAAAUCUUAUAAAUGUUUGGAGUGCGGAAGGAGCUUUGCUCACAGUGCUAGCCUUACUUCACAUAAGAGAACCCACACAGGGGAGAAACCAUAUAAAUGCUUGGUAUGUGGAAAGAGCUUCAGCCAGAGUUCACACCUUAGUUCACAUAAGAGAACUCACACUGGUGAGAAGCCAUAUAAAUGCUUUGAGUGUGGGAAGAGCUUCAGUCAGAGUUCACAUCUUACUGUGCAUGAGCGAAUCCAUACAGGGGAAAAACCAUAUAAAUGUGUGACAUGUGGAAAGAGCUUUAGUAACUGUACACACCUUGUUAGCCAUCGCAGAAUACAUUCAGAAGAGAAGCCAUAUAAGUGCUUUGAGUGUGGAAAGAGCUUCAGGCAUGGUACAGGCCUUCAUAUACAUCAAAAAAUUCACAAAGGUGAAAAACCGUAUGCAUGUUUUGAGUGUGGAAAGAGCUUCACUCUCAGCUCACAGCUUAUAUGUCAUCAAAGGAUUCACACAGGGGUGAAACCAUAUACCUGUUUUGAGUGUGGAAAGAACUUCACUCACAGCUCAAGCCUUAGAUCUCAUCAAAGAAUUCACACAGGGGAGAAACCAUAUAAAUGUUUGGAGUGUGGAAGGAGAUUUGCACAUGGAUCUAAGCUUACUUCUCAUAAAAGAACUCACAUGGGAUCAACCAUAUAUAUGCUUGGAAUGUAGGAAAAAGAUUUGGUCAGAUUUCACAACUCGUUUUGCAUAAGCGAAUCAAGAGGAAAGAAAUAUUGAGAUGCUUGUAAUGCGGAAAGCAUUUUAAUUAGAGCACCGCUGUUGCUAAACUUCAUGGAAUUCAUACAAUAAUUCCAAUGGGAGAAAUGGUACAGCUACUGUCACGAAGGUGCCGUCAACUACAGGGCUGGCUGGCUGCCUGGUGAAAUCAGUGCUGCUGAGUGCUUCCUUCGCUUCUUUCCUUUAAAUCAACAAAUACACACAGAAACAUGGAAUGUAUGUCCUCAAAAACCUGAGCUGUUGCCUAGAGUGAGUCUUCCUGCCCCCAGCAGUUACUUCCUGGCCUUGAGUCCCUUCCUGUUGUCUACGGGGGCCACUAAUGGAAAAUCUCUGUGUCUGUUUGGCUUUCUGCUCUGUGAGAUGAAGGGCACGCCUGGUUGUAGGGGAAGGAGGGGACUCCAGUAUACUAGAGACAUCGUGUCGCUUGGGUGCUGUGAUAUUUCUAACGCAACAGGCUCCUGUCUCUGUUCAGGGCUGGAGCACCUGCUAUCUUGCUCCUGUUGAUCCACUAUUUCCCAGCUCCUUCCUUCUUCUGCGGUGUGUCCCAUCUCAAACCACCGCAAUUCUAGGUCCAUACUCCCUUCCUCUUCCCCUUCUCUGAAGCCUAUUGGAGUGGCAGUCUCCACCAUUCUUGCUCAUCUCAUCUUUGAAAACAGACCAAAGGAUGGCCUAAUAUGGUCACACUCUUAUCUAAGGAAGCAUGUUGUGUGGAAAGGCAGGGAAAAAAGGCCUGAGCAUCAUGUACUGCUUCUGAACUCCUGCAGGUUUCUGGCUGGUGCUCUUGGGUACAAGAUGGUGCCAUCCAUGGACCUUGGGUCAGAUCCUGCAAAACAGUUAUUGAAAGCGGACCAGGAUUCAUUGCUUUUGUUUUGUAGCAGUUGGGUAAUUUGAUUGUAGUUGGUAAUGAGGCAUUUCCCUUCUUUCCUCUAGGUGUGUCCCACCUUUUCCUUGUAACUUCUAGAUGAAUUAAAGCAUUAUAUUUGAGCAUUAUCAUGGGGGUCAGAGUAAUACAUUUUGUUACCUGUGUGCUGUUGUAGUUACCUUUCACUGGAAAGGUGGAAUAUAAUCAGGUAUACCUAUAAAUGCACAUGCACAAAAACACAUGCAUACUCAGAAAUAAUAAAAUUCCUCGCUUAUAAACCACUGCAGGAGGAAGCAACGCCUUGAAGCAACAUUCCAACAUAUUGUUAGUUACAAGCAGGCCAACUAAUUCAGAUUAACACCAUCAGCUUCUGUCCAUCUUUAUAGAAUAAGUAAAAAUGCGAUAUUCUUAACCAUAUUGUAUUAUCUUUUUUUAAAAAGGGAAGGGGGAAAUUGAGUUCCCCUAAGUGUUUUCAUUUUGAAAAUCUUAAGGCACUUCUAGUCAUGCAAAUUCUUCAUAGCUUUCCUGAAAGCUUUCAUGGAAACUUCUGGAACAGGGCAGAAUUAAUGCAGUAAACAGCUCCAUUUUAGGAAGAAAAUGAAGAAAACUGCCUUUUAAAAAAAUACAGUGGUACCUCGGGUUACAGAUGCUUCAGUUUACAGA